AGGAAAGAGUUGCUCGCGCUCCGGUGUACCGUGUACCGUGUAUGUGUGUGCAUUUGUGCGCGGGCGCGCGCGCGGGGCGAGUGAGAGCGCGCUCCCGCUGCUCAGAACUAUAAGGCAAAAAAAGGGAAAAAAAGAAGAAAAAAAAACAAAGCGCGGAGGAAUUUAAAGAAAGGAAGGAAGGAAACUGAGGUGCAGGAAGAAGAGCGAUGCAGAAGCGGAAGGAGCAGGAUGAGUGUGAUGCUCUGCAGGCUCGUGGCGUAUCUCUCCGUCUCUCUGCACGCGCUUAUCUCCCCGUGCCAGCUCCAUCCUCAGCCGUGUGGCAUCCUCGCGCAGAUAGGACACACCAUCCGCCUCGGCGCCGUCCUGCCCUCCCAGCAGCCCUCGCGUGUCCGAGCCGCCCUGAACCGCGCGCUCCUUCACGCCAGAAACCGGCCCCACGCGCCGCUCUUACCCUACAACCUGAGCCUGGAGGUGGUGUGGGCGCGGGCGGCGCACGCGGACCCGGAGUCGGUGUUCAGGUGCGUGUGUCAGGACGUGGUGGUGCGCGGGGUCUCGGCGGUGCUCGCCUUCCCGCAGAGCCACCAGGAGCUCGUGCAGGUGGAGUUCAUAUCCGCUUUUCUGGAGAUCCCGUUCAUCAGCAUCAUCGAGGAAGGUGAAGCGCUUCAGACGCAGUAUUUCUCAGAGACGCCUGUGGAGCUCCUGCUGAUGAUGAUCAGAAAUGAAUUCCCUUUGCACUCGGACGCUUCAGAGCAGCUUCCACAGACAGAAUGUCAGCCAUGUGGACGUUAGACAGGCAACGUGUGAAUAAUGAAAAUAUGCCAUUGUUGUUUUUUUCUUACUGUUUACUGCACAUUACUGCAGAAUCACCGAAAAAUGCACCGUCCAGCUGAGCCUUCAUGAUCACUGCAGCUUCUGAACAGCUGGUGUAUUAUCACACUCUCCACCUGAAACACUGCAACAGAAGAUUCUGGAGUUUCAUCAGACUCUCAGCUCUACAUAUGAUUUUAACCUGUGCAUUAAUAUAAACCUGCACUACUGCUGACCAAUCAGUGACCAGAACUCGGCGGCACUGGGGAUAGUUUAAUACGCUCUACUGGGGAUAAGUGUAGUUUAAUACGCUUUACUGGGGAUGAGUGUAGUAUAAUACACUGAACUGGGGAUGAGUGUAGUAUAAUACGCUUUA